ACCGUCCAGUCCACUCCCCAGUCUCCACCCCUCCAGACUGCAGGCAUGGCGGCUAUCGAGGCUCGGGAAUGCGAAACAGAAGGCUGUAGCAACGAGGCCAAACUUCAAUGUCCAACCUGCAUCAAGCUUGGGAUCCAAGGCUCAUACUUCUGCUCUCAGGUAACAUUCAUUUUCUAAUUCAUUCAGUGAGAGAGGGGUCUGACAUGAUACACAGCGGCCCAGAAAUACAUAAUUUAUCACGAGGUAACAUAACGGCCCUGAAUCCUGAUUGCGUUUCCUCACACACCCCUUUAGCUAGCCUAGCACUUGAAGCUGACUAGCUAACUUACAAGCAUUCUUCUGCAUACAACCCUAACGUUAGCUAAAAAGUAAAGGUUUGCAAAUGCAUUAUCUAGGAAUUUGAUUUGAAGUCAAUAACUAACGUUAUAAUUAUGUAUGAAACAUGCUUGUUGAAAAGUUUUCUUUAUGGGUUUGUUAGCAUGUUAGUUGCUAGCUAGCUACUAACGUUAGCUAGCUAAUUAGCUAACGUUAAGUCUGUUAGUUAAUCUGAGCAUCAAGUUUGCAAAGUCUAGCAAACUAACGACGUUAGCUGGCUAGAUAGCCUAACUUGCUCAUUGACAUUGUUUAUUGCAGUGAAUGAAAUGGUUAACUAGCCGAACAAGGUAGAGCUAACUGAGGCAUGCUUUCUACAAGCUGAUGUAGCUAGCCAUGUUCAUUCAUUUGAUUUCUCUGCCGCUGGCCUGGCUGUAAACCACCUGUGGCUUGCUUGUCUGAAAUGUUGAGCAGCUUUCACUGUCACUUUGAAAACUGUUAAAUUAAUGCAUACCAUUACCAAUGGGUAACUAAGAUUAUGUAUCCCACUCAAGAAAUCAUUGAAAUUGCCAAAGAUGCAGGCCCAAGUGGCAGUUUAGCUGUGUACCAUUAGCGAUAAGGAUAAAAGGCAGUGUAAUUAGUUCAAAGCUUAGACUUCUCUGGCAGUGUAGGCCUAGAUUAAUUUUUGGCAGAGACAGAUGGGGAGGUGGCUCUGCUGUGAUGUUCCAUACAGGCAGCUCUGUCAAAGCCUCUAUACCACCCAGAGCUAUGAGGCUAGUUGCAGUCUAAGGGAUAUUUUUACCCCACUACUCUCUCCUUAUUCUAGUGGUCAGCAAAGAGGUUAGCCCAUGGUCAACUGGCCAUUGACCAAGUCUUGAAAGAAAGUUAUAUCUUAGCCUUGUAUGUCUUAUUGCCACUUCAACUAGCCUAAAUGGCAGUAUUCCUCAAUGACACUGUUGGAAACAAAAGUGGUUUAUGUAAUUGUAUGAAAUUCAGAGCCCAUUGGUUUCACUCACUCUGCCUUUAAUAUUGAGCAGGGAUGCACAACUCCCAGUCCACAGACGAUUAGAGGAAUUAAUUCCGCAAUUAGUGCCAGUGCCAGACACUGCUGCCAUUGAAACCUGUACACCCCUACAGAGUCCUGUAUUUCUCCCUCCUCUCGUUGUCCUCUCAUUCAGGAGUGCUUCAAAGGGAGCUGGGCCACUCACAAGCAGCUGCACAAAAAAGCAAGUAUGUAUCCUCAGCAAUAUUCUAUCACAUAGGCCUACUCCCUUCCAAAUAAUUUUUCAAACAGACCACAAUGUCCCUACAUGGCGUUUGUCAAUGUUCCUAUUCUUACCUGACCUAUAAUUUGAAAGCAUAGAAUAGGUGAAAGCCAACAUAAUUGCCAAAGCUUUUCCAUCCUCUAUUUUUGAUGGUGGAAUAGAGCAAUGGUGUAGCCUUUCAAAAUGGAUGAGACACUGCACUCAGUACAAGCCAUUAGAGCAGGGGCGGACAACCUGAGAGGGCCGGUGGGGGUGCAGGUCCCCACCCCCCAGCCAGGCAGCAACACACCUGAUUCAACUAAACAAAGUCACCAUUAAAGACAAUUAUUUAGUUGGUUAGUAGAUUUGGGCAUUUUACCGCUUGGCUGGAACAAAAACCUGUACCCCCACUUGGCCCUCAUAGGCUAAGCGUGCCCAACCCGCCUUAGUCUAGUGUGUACACUACCGUUCAAAAGUUUGGGGUCACUUAGAAAUUACCUUGUUUUCGAAAGAAAAGCAAUUUAUUUGUCCAUUAAAAUAACAUAAAAUUGAUCAGAAAUACAGUGUAGACAUUAUUAAUGUUGUAAAUGGCUAUUGUAGCUGGAAACGGCUGAUCUUUAAUGGAAUAUCUACAUAGGCUUACAGAGGGCCAUUAUCAGCAACCAUCAGUCCUGUGUUCCAAUGGCAGGUUGUGUUUGCUAAUCCAAGUUUAUCAUUUUUAAAGGCUAAUUGAUCAUUAAAAACCCUUUUGCAAUUAUGUUAGCACAGCUGAAAACUGUUGUGCUGAUUAAAGAAGCAACAAAACUGGCCUUCUUGAGACUAGUUGAGUAUCUGGAGCAUCAAUAAUUGUGGGUUCGAUUACAGGCUCAAAAUGGACAGAAACAAAGAACUUUCUUCUGAAACUUGUCAUUCUUGUUCUGAGAAAUGAAGGCUAUUCCAUGAGAGAAAUUGCCAAGAAACUGAAGAUCUCGUACAACGCUGUGUACUACUCCCUUCACAGAACAGCGCAAACUGGCUCUAACCAGAAUAGAAAGAGGAGUGGGAGGCCCCGGGGCACAACUGAGCAAGAGGACAAAUACAUUAGUGUCUAGUUUGAGAAACGGAUGCCUCACAGGUCCUCAACUGGCAGCUUCAUUAAAUAGUACCCGCAAAACACCAGUCUCAACGUCAACAGUGAAGAGGCGACUCCGGGAUGCUGACCUUAGGGCUUUUUCUUUGCAACUCUGCCUAGAAGGUCAGCAUCCCAGAGUCGCCUCUUCACUGUUGACGUUGAGACUGGUGUUUUGCGGGUACUAUUUAAUGAAGCUGCCAAUUGCUGAUGCUCCAGAUACUCAACUAGUCUCAAGAAGGCCAGUUUUAUUGCUUCUUUAAUCAGCACAACAGUUUUCAGCUGUGCUAACAUAAUUGCAAAAGGGUUUUCUAAUGAUCAAUUACCUAUUUGAAAAUGAUAAACUUGGAUUAGCAAACACAACGUGCCAUUGGCACACAGGACUGAUGGUUGCUGAUAAUGGGCCUCUGUACGCCUAUGUAGAUAUUCCAUAAAAAAUCAGCCGUUUCCAGCUACAAUAGUCAUUUACAACAUUAACAAUGUCCACACUGUAUUUCUGAUCAAUUUGAUGUUAUUUUAAUGGAUACAUUUUUUUGCUUUUCUUUCGAAAACAAGAAUUUCUAAGUGACCCCAAACUUUUGAACGGUAGUGUAUGUGUGAACACCUAACUGGGAUCUCUCACAAUGGUGUCAAAUCAGAUGACCUAAAUUAUAUUCUGAUUUGCAGAGGAUGAUAACCAGGAUGAGGCAAAGAACUGCGUGGAGAACGACACCAACACAGACCCAUGGCCUGGCUACCGCUACACGGGCAAACUACGCCCUCACUACCCACUCGUAAGAACACCUUUCUUGUACAUAUCUAAAUGGUGCUAAUGUGCUUAUAAGAUAUUUUAUGUAGGAGCGUUUUUUCCUAGUUACAUAGUAGGCCAACUAAUGUCAACACAACAUGAUUAAUAGACAUAAACCACACAAGCUUUGUGUAAAGUUUACUCAUUAGCCCCUGUGAGCUUUGUAAUCAUGUCUGUAAUCGCUCUUCUCGUUGGUGUCUUCUGUGAGCUCCAUGUAAUCAAUCUCUCCUGUCAUUGGUUCCCCCUUGUAGACUCCCAUGAGGACUGUCCCCAGUGACAUCCAAAGACCUGACUAUGCUGAUCAUCCACUA